AUGGCAGUAGCAUCUAUGUCUAAUGCAGUCGAACCACCACCUACAUCGUUGUAUAACACUCGAAGUACUUCUGUAAAACGACUUAUGCGUGAAGCUGUCGAAAUGAAAGAUCCAACAGAACUGUAUUAUUGCCAACCGAUUGAAGAUAAUUUAUUUGAAUGGCAUUUUACAAUUCGUGGCCCUAUAGCAACAGAGUUUGAGGAAGGAAUUUAUCAUGGACGUAUUAUAUUUCCCGUUGAAUACCCAAUGAAACCACCUUCUAUUAUAUUACUUACAGAAAGUGGACGUUUUAAAAUCCAUGAAAAAAUAUGUUUAUCAAUAUCUGGUCAUCAUGUUGAAACAUGGACACCCACAUGGGGUGUCCGAACAGCUUUGUUGGCUAUUAUUGGUUUCAUGGAAACGCCCGGUGAAGGUGCUCUAGGCUCACUUGAUUAUACACCAGAAGAACGCAAACUUCUUGCUAAAAAAUCACAUUCAUACAAAUGCCCAAAAUGUGAUAUAACUAAUGGUGAAGUACUAUUACCGUUAUCAGAAAAAUCAGUUGAUGCUCAAAAAGAGGCAAAAGAAUUAGCCAAUCAAAUCGGUAUGGUUAAAAAACCUGAAACAACAGGUGAAACACCAUCAUCAACAUCCACUGAUGAAGCGAAUACUGAAUUAUUAUCACCACCAGAUCCAAUAUCGGCCGUGCCUUCAAUACAUACACCUAUACGAACGCCAAUAAAUGCAUCAACUCGACGUCAAAAUGAAUCUAAUAAUAAUCUUUUGAGCAUGUUUAUAUUUCUUUGUUGUAUGAUCGUAUCGUUUCUACUUUUACGGCGACUUUUCUUGACAUUUGGUACCAAUCGAUCGUUUCCGCCAUCAUCAUCGGAUCCAUUUCAUGACGACUUUUAA